AUGGCGAGUAAGUUCAACCACAGCGUCCACUUUGAGAAGCAAGGGAUGAUAGGAGCUGUGUUUGCUGUUGGGGACAGGAAGUGGAAGAGGUUCACCAUACAGAGUAAGAGAGAUGCCAUAGAGCUGUUGGUGAAGAUGAACAUGGCAAAGAAGCACUAUGACAGGAAAUGCCAGCAGGUUGCAUUCACCAAAUGGACAAAGCGUGUGGAAUUACACAAGAAGAAAAAGGCUGUUGCCAUGGAGAAACUCGAGAGACUUGUGAACGCUGGUCGCCUCAAGCGCAUCAUAGCUGCAUGGCGUAAUGUUGUGAAGGACUCAAAGAGGACAAAAGAGUACUUUAAGAGGUUGGAAAUGGAGCUCGGCAACAAAGUCCAAAAUAUCAGGGAAGGAUGUGACAGCCUCUCUGUGCUCCCUAACAACCUCUCACUAAAGAUCUUUAGGUAUUUAGAGUUGCGAGACUGGCUAAAAUGUGCUGAGGUGUGUUGCACGUGGAAAGAGAUCAUCCAGUCAGGCGCACUGUGGAGUCAGAUCAACUUCUCUGUAGAGAAAGACUGGAUAACAGAUGGCACAAUGAAGCAGAUUCUGCAGAACUACCGCCCAUUUGUCAUCCAUCUCAACCUGCGUGGCUGCACAUCCCUACAAUGGCCCAGCUUGAAAUGUAUCAGUGAAUGCAGAAAUCUCCAGGACCUCAAUUUGUCAGAGUGUUAUAAUGUUACAGAUGCGGUGGUCCAGAGGAUUGUCGAGGGCUGUCCCUGCCUGCUCUACUUGAACCUUUCUUGCACACUUAUAACAAACAAAACUCUAAGAGAACUGUCCAGAAACUGUGUCAACCUUCAGUACCUGAGUGUGGCCUACUGCUACAGAUUCACAGAUAAAGGGUUUAUGUACCUGACCACAGGGAAGGGCUGCCACAAUCUCAUCCACCUCAACCUGUCCGGCUGCACUCAGAUGACUGUAAAUGGGUUCAGAUACAUUUCUGCAGGAUGCCCUUCACUCAGGGAGAUUGUGAUCAAUGACAUGCCCACACUGUCAGACAGCUGUGUGUUGGCACUAAUUGCCAGAUGUCGCUGUCUGUCUGCCAUCUCUUUGCUGGAUGCUCCUCAUCUUUCCGAUGUUGCCUUAAAAGCCAUCGCUGAAGUCGCCAAGCUGAAGACUUUCAGGACAGAGGGUAACAACCAACUAACUGACGUCGGCUGGAAGGCCCUGUGCAGCAGCUCACAUGGCCUCUGCAGACUCCACGCUGCAGAAUGCUCCAGAAUGACAGAUGCCAGCCUUAAAUCCAUGGCCAACCUCAAGAACCUGCAGCACUUGGACAUCUCACUUUGUGACAAGGUGAGCGAUACUGGGAUCCAGUAUCUGACUGAAGGUUACUCAUCCGCCAAACUGAGAGAGCUGAAUGUCAGUUACUGCAGUCACAUCACUGACAUGUCUGUCAUGAGGAUCGCACAAAGGUUGUGUAAACUGUGCCAUCUUAACUUGAGUUAUUGUGAGAGACUGACUGAUAUGAGUCUGGAGUGGCUGAGUGGCAGCUCUAUCUGCUCCCUUGACAUCAGCGGUUGCAACAUCCAGGAUCAGGGGCUGGCGGCUUUUGAGGGAACAUGCUUGAGGAAGUUAGCACUGGCUGAGUGUGUCUGCGUCACAGAUAUUGGCAUAGAGAAGCUGUGCAAGAACGCGAGAGACCUGGAACAUGUUGACGUGUCUCACUGCGUCGCUCUGUCAGACCCGGCCAUCAGAGCGAUUUCAUUUUACUGUCGAGGUCUAAUCACACUGCGGAUGUCAGGUUGUCCCAAGAUGACAGACAUGGCAGUGCAGUAUCUGACAACUGGAUCUCCCUACCUGCGAGAACUUGAUGUGAGUGGCUGUGUUCUUCUCACAGAUCGCAGUCUCCGACACUUAGAGAGGAUCUGUCCUCCACUCUGCUCCAUCACCAUGGCCUGCUGCAGCAGCAUCUCCAAGGUGGCUGCCUUGAAGCUCCAGCCACGUGUAGAGCACUGGGAGCACAGCAACGAUGACCCUCCGUACUGGUUUGGAUACAACAUGGGCCAAGUAGUGUAUCCAAUCGCAAGACCCAUCAAGACUGAUGACACCUGUGAAGUACUGGAGCAUCACUCAGUGACGACAAGAGCAGCAAGUACAGAGAGGAUAUAAACAGAUCUAGUGAUACUGUAACAAAAAAAGAGCUUAAAGUAGUAAGAGCAGCAUUUUUGGGAUAUUAUUUAAAAACAUAUUAAAAGUAUUUCCUUUACCAAGACAUUUUGCAUGAUACACUUGACAUGACAAAGACUCACUUGUCUUGACAGAGACAUUCCACUGUUUCAGCUCCUCACUAACACUUUAUAUUUAAUCAGCUCCUGACAGUGGAUUGUUCUGUGCCGUUUCCUUCUGCAUAAAUUAGGGAUGCGCAGAUUAGGAAAUUCUGGGCCGAUGCCAAUACCAAUGUUUAAAGUAAAAAUUUGGCCAGUAGCUGAUAUUGUUUUGUUGUUGUUUUUUUUGUUUUUGUUGGUACUUAUUCCCUCUUUUGUGACAUGGAAAUAACAAUAUCUACAUCAUAAAAAAUAACAACUGUUUUAAAGUCAUUCAGACCUUCAUAACACUACCUUUAAAUGAGCACAAAUCCAAUCAAACACAUUUAUUUAACAACCUUUAAGAUAACCAUCUUUGACAUGAAAAACAUGUUUAUUAAAAAAAAUAACUGCUUAAAAAGUCUUUUAACUAGCCUAGUGGAUACAAGCAGCCGAAAUGAGUUUCCUCCAUGGGGUGGCUGGGCUCAGCCUUAGAGAUAGGGUAAGGAG